AGUGGCGGUGACCAAGCGGCGGCGCGGCGACACGGCGCGUGCCUAGCCUGCUAGUAGCUUGAGUCUGUGAGAUGCUGUCAAACCGAGCGGACGCCGCGUCGAUGUCGCGUUUGGCGUGAAAGGUGCUCUUUGAGCUUCGUUGAAUUUUCAUAUUGCGCUAGUGCGCCCGCGAGCCUCUACCCAAGGGGCAUCAGUGAAUUAAUCCUCUCCCAUCGUCCACGAUGUCCGUCGACAAGGAGGAACUGGUGCAACGCGCCAAGCUGGCGGAGCAGGCUGAACGAUAUGACGACAUGGCGGCCGCGAUGAAAGAAGUCACGGAAACCGGCGUCGAGCUGAGCAAUGAGGAAAGGAACCUGCUUUCCGUUGCUUACAAAAAUGUCGUGGGCGCUCGACGAUCGUCAUGGCGCGUUAUCUCCUCCAUUGAACAGAAAACCGAAGGCUCGGAAAGAAAACAACAGAUGGCAAAAGAAUAUAGGGUUAAAGUAGAAAAAGAGCUCAGAGAAAUCUGCUACGAUGUUUUGGGUUUACUUGACAAGCACCUUAUUCCUAAAGCUAGUAAUCCAGAAAGUAAAGUAUUUUACCUUAAAAUGAAGGGUGAUUACUAUAGGUACCUUGCAGAAGUGGCCACAGGAGAAACCAGAAAUUCUGUUGUAGAGGAUUCACAGAAAGCAUACCAAGACGCUUUCGAGAUCAGCAAGGCGAAAAUGCAGCCCACACACCCAAUAAGGCUGGGUCUGGCGUUAAAUUUCUCCGUCUUCUAUUAUGAGAUAUUAAAUUCACCAGACAAAGCGUGUCAGCUCGCCAAACAGGCGUUCGAUGAUGCGAUUGCCGAAUUAGACACACUCAAUGAAGACUCGUACAAAGACUCGACACUGAUCAUGCAGUUGCUGCGAGACAACCUGACGCUGUGGACGUCAGACACGCAAGGCGAUGGCGACGAGCCCGCCGAGGGCGGCGACAACUAAUCUCGCGCCGCGCUCACUCCCAGCACACGCAUUUGUUCUCAUUGGUGUUUUAUAAGAAAACGAGUAACAUUCGAGAACGCCGCGCGGCGCGGGUCCACCGCCGCUGAUGCGAGCCGUCGCUUGUAAAAAAAUGUUAAAAAUGUCGUUCGCAGCGGACCUUCACGUUCCGUCUAAAAUUAAAUGUUAUGUGUCAUCUUUGACGGUUUUGUAUUUCUGUAUUUACACUGGAUUACAGAUAUCGAGCUGACCCGAUGAAUAUAAAUAUUUAUAACUUAAGUUAUUAAAAUUACGGUUUCUUAAGUUAAAA